GCAGCACUGUUUUCGACUUUAAUUUUGAGCGCAUUUUACGACGCACGAAAAACAAAUAAAUGUAUUUAAAUGGAGAAUGCAUUUAUUAAACGGCGCUCUUUGACGCUUAGCACUCGUCUGCUGCAGAAACGCCACAGUGCUUCGCCACAGAGCUGCGGGCGCCCAGGAAGCGGACACGAUGUGAGCGUCUCCCUGGAGACUCCUGGGUCGCCCAACGCCUCCUCCAUGGUGGGCAACACUUCGGACGUCGAAUGCACGCCGCCGCACAAGCACAAGGCCAGCCUGGACGACAGCGUGGACUUCUCGCCCCGCCUGGACAUCAGCCUGUCGCCCAACUGCCUCUUCUCGCAGACGCUGGCCACCGAAAGUCCGGAGGUGGGUUGGCGCUGGAACCGGAGCAGCAACGCCACAACGGACAGCGGAUUCGAUUCCGCGGAAAUGGGCAGUCUAAGCCAACGCGAGCGGCGGCGCCAGAUCGCCUUCAAGGGCUGCGAGGAUCGGCGCAGCCAACUGGACAACGAGCAGUGGCGGGCGCAGCAGAUGCGGGCCAAUGUGCUCCUCAAGGAGCGCUGCGCCAGGCUCAACAGCCAGAUGGACCAGGUAGCGGUGUCGGAGUCAGUCCCAGCCCCCCUCCAAACCCCAAAGAUCCCGCCAACUUUAUCUGCUCGCACAAGAUCAGCCUGCAAGCGGGCUUCUCCAAUUUCAGAGCCAGUGCCUCCUCCUCCUCCAGCUGCCGCCGAUCCCAUGGCAGACUUUCUGAACGACUCGGAGACUGAUCUGUUCCUCCUCGAGGCGUCCCAGCAGCUGGAGUCCAAGAUAGAACCCUCAGAUGCGUCGAAGCCAAGCACAAGCACCACGCCCACCAGCCACCACAAGACGAAGCGACCCUCUUUCUACAUGAAGUUUCUGGAGGACGAGAGCGAGAGCGAGGACUGGCUAACCGCCCUGGAGGAGGCAGUGCAGCAGGCAACGAUGCCCAAGAAGCCGCGAACCUCGCUGCAGCGCUACAAAUCUAUGCCCACCACUGCGAGCUCCUCGAGUGGGGUGUCCACCCUCACCAAUGUGAUGGCCGGCAAGGAACCGGACACCUUCACAAGUGCCUCCUCCUCUGCCGGAUCCGAACUGAAGAGUACUCCGCGCAUCAAGCGCCAUGCCAGCUCACAUGCCCUGUCUCCAGCCACAUCGCAUGCGCGCGGCAAACUCUUCGGCAGCCGGAAAUGAUGCCCGAUAAGGUAUAAACAAGAAUCCCAAAUAUCAGCUUCCCCGUAGCGAGUACCGAUUGUGAUGAGCAAAGUUAAAUUUAAGCAUUUUCGUUUUGUUUCGCUCGGCUUGCGUUAACCGUUUCCUUGACCAUUUUGCAUUAAUGCCUGUAUACGAUUACGCUAAUUGAUUCAUACGGCUCUUAAGCGUCUUUGUAAAUGUAAAUUUAAGGCUAAUUAAAAAUUAAUUGUAAUUUAACGCAGGUCCCUCAAUUGCCGCGUCGAAUGUUUGCGCGCGACGGUUCGGCGCAUGCGACCCGCCAUAUGCUCGGCAUUAUCGGGCUGGCGAUGCGCCGCCCACCUGCACAGGUGUCAGGGACAGACAGGUGGAUGCGACUGGUCACCGACAUCCAGCGUGAUGUUGUCGGUCCCCGGUUGAGCUUUCAUUCACCGAUAGGGCACGCGUUGAGUGCGAGAGUGUUUUAACUUAAUUGAAAUGUAGACGAAGGAUUGCUGUUUUAAUAUUCCUCAGUAGUUAUACAUAUAGGUCAGCUCGAAUUCACCUCCGCUUUAAGUUUUUUGAAAGGCAGCUUCCUAACUAAUAAAUUUUCAUUUAAUUGUGCAUGUACAUAUGUGCAUCAGUCAGUCGGUGGAGAACCAAAAUCAUUUAUAAUAAAAAAAGGGAUAAUUCAUAUUUUUGUCUAGGAAAUAUAUAUGCAGAAUGUGGUACAGCAUGAAAGCAUUUUGCACAGCAGUGAAAAAAUAAAGUAUAUUUUAGUCGGGACAUUCAUCUUAAGCGAUCUUUCGUUCUUUUCCAGAGU